AUGUCCAUUAUUUCCACACAGGAGUUCAAACGAGGGAGAUCUGAUACCCUGGACACACAGUCAGAGGGUGAGGAGAUGAACCCGGUUACCCUGGUAACCACAAUGGCCGCUGACCCAGAGGUGAACUCUGAGCCCUCCCAGGCAGAGCUGGCCCAGUGUGAGGCCGAGGUGGGAACUCUACUCAGCAUCAUUGCUGAACUCAACAGGAAAAUGGGCGCAUUACAAGCACCAAGGUGUGUCUGUGAGAGAGAGAGAGAAAGAGAGAGAGAACUUACCCUUCAUGGAGCGUUAAAAUAUCACUAGACUUGCCCUGAGCUGCUGGUUCAUAGAACGAUUUACCACUUCUUUCUUUCCUCUUCAGUGAUCCAAAUGACCUUAAACCACAGGAGCCAGUCAUCCUCGCUCCGGCUCCAGCCUCCAUGUCCAGCCCUCCUCCAUCCCUCUGCAACCCGGAGGAACACACUGGCACUGCGUCUAAAGCACCAGUAACCAACAGAGGUUGGCAUUGGCUCCAUGGCAUGACUUCACAAGUCACAAUACCCACACAUCCAUCUCUCUCUCUGUGUGCUGUGCCGUGCUUUGUGGCAUUGUGCAGGAAGGGAUGAUGGUUGUUGUUUUGGCUACUUUGCCAGGCCAAACAUAAUCUAUUUGUGUGUCCAAAGAAAAGAACAACCUCUAUUAUUUCAGAGGUUUCAUUUUCUUGGUAAUCCACGUGUUUUAGUUUCUUGGUCAUGAUCUUCUGAAUGCUUAUUUAGAAACACUAGAAACCAUUCAUACUUUUCUCUUCUUCGGACAAUCUGCAGUUUCCCCAUAUCCUAACCUCAUCCCCAGGUUACUGCAGAGCUGCCUGGGGACGGGAUUACCAAUAUCCAAAUGUUAGCAGUUGAGUACAAAGAGUGGACAUUCAGUACGUUAACCACAUCCGUUCACAACAUUUAUAAUGAAUAGAAUAUAUAGACUUUCUAUAUGUUGUACAGAUCUUUAGUGAUGACCAUAAUAGCGUAUGUGCUCUGUGUUGUCCUGCAGGGGGUAGUGGUGAGGUGUGGUCAGAGCUCCAGGGGGUCAUGUCUGCUCUGUGUUGUCCUGCAGACGGUAGUGGUGAGGUGUGGUCAGAGCUCCAGGGGGUCAUGUCUGCUCUGGAAGGUUCCAUCAACACCAGGAGGGCCUGGGCUGUCUCUAACACUGCCUAUGGUCAGGACAGACAGACGGAACACCUCACAGCCGCCAGGGACAGCUGGGUACAAGUCACACAGGUGAGGAGGGAUGUGACAUAAUUUAUUAUUACCAUGUAACAAGCUAGUUGGAAUAACGCUUUAUCAACUUGAACUAUAUUUAAACAGGAUAUUUUCUAACACAGGCUACAGUGCUGUAACUGCCAGUUGAGUGACCUAUGUAGGCUAAUUACCAUGUGGGCCUCAAAACCUAAUUACCCUGGAAUCAUGCCUAUCUAAUUAAGUUAAGUGUGACCUCAAACCUCUCCUCAGGUCUUAGAGGAGAUGGAGAGAGAGUUUGGGAUCUCGUACCCGUCUGGUCUGCCCCCUGAGGAGCGUCAGCAAUACCAGAAGGACAUCCUGGCACUUCACCAGCGGAACUGUGCCCUGCGCAGCACCCUGCAGAGCAGACAGGAAGAACUGGAGGGGGCAAAGGUCACCGUAGGAGACAUGGAGGUUGAGAGGAACAGUCUACAGGAGAGGGUAGGUGGAUGUACAACAGGCUACAUCUCAAUAUUCCUAGAUCUAAUAGGAUUUGUGUAAUCCAUUUGGUGGAAACUCCUACUAGCCAAUCAGAGAGGUAGGGAGAGCGAUUACUGUGCAGUUUACUAUAUCUUUCUGAUCUAGCAUCAUAAUGCUUUGGUUGAAACCACAAUGGUCAAACUAUUUCUGUCUGCUGGUGAAUGGCUAAACUCUCUCUGUCUAUGGGUCUGGUACCAGUUACUGGGUCUCCAUAAGGCGUGGCGGUCAGACAGCCUCUCUCCUCCCUACAGCUCCUCAGGGAGCUCCAGUGGUGGGGUUCUGAGUCCUGGCUGGGCCUCCCCUGUUUCCCCUUCAUUCCUUGGCUCUCCUCCCAUCCCCGGGUCACCUCUGUUCCUCAGGAGACCCACCGCCAUGGGGGUCUUCCCGUCCCUCUCCACUGGUGGGGACAUAUCCUCCUUGGCCUCCCCAUCACCGUCCCCCUGGCCUGGGAGUGUCCCACCAGGCAGCCCCUGUCCUAGCCCCAACCCCAGCGUCAGCCUGGAGGGUGAGACAGAGAGACUACAGAGGUACGUACAACUGAGAGGGUUAAAUUACAAAAUUACAAAAUGGAAUAGAUCCCAGCUCUGCUAGUGUGGGCCAGUAUUUCCCAAGUGGUGUGUUGUGUGUUGUGGCCUUGACCUCCCUCGCUAUCCCCCACAGGUGCAUAGAAAGGCUGAAGGCCCGGAACGAGCAUCUGACUGCAGCUCUGGGCAGGAGAAAGGGAGAGUCAGAGCAGAUCAGUAUGACGCUCAGCAGACAGGAAGCUGACAGCACAGCCCUGCAGAUGGCUCUCCAAUACUGGUACACACGCGCACACACGCACGCACGCACCCACCCACACAACAUGCACACAAACACACACACACGCACACACACACACACACACACACACCACAGGCCUACAACUUCACAAUGUAGUUUGACAUAAUAAUAAUAAUAAUAAUAAUAAUAAUAAUAAUAAUAAUAAUCAAAUGUUAUUUGUCACAUGCGUCAUAAACAACAGGUCUAGACGAACAGCGAAAUGCUUACUUACGGGUCCUUUUCCAACUAUGCGGAGUUAAAGAUAAAAAAAAUCUAAAUAGAAAUAGUGACAAUAACGAGUAAAAAUACCAUGACUAUAUACAAGUAGAAAAUAACAUGACUAUAUACAGGAAGUAGAAAAUAACAUGACUAUAUACAGGAAGUAGAAAAUACCAUGACUAUAUACAGGAAGUAGAAAAUACCAUGACUAUAUACAGGAAGUAGAAAAUACCAUGACUAUAUACAGGAAGUAGAAAAUAACAUGCUAUAUACAGGAAGUAGAAAAUAACAUGACUAUAUACAGGAAGUAGAAAAUAACAUGGCUAUAUACAGGAAGUAGAAGAACCGAGUCGAUGUGCAGGGCUACGAGGUAAUUGAGGUAGAUAUGUACAUAUAGGUAGGGGUAAAGUGACUAGGCAACAGGAUAGAUAAUAGACAGUACCAUCAGCGUAUGUGGUGAGUGUGAAAGUGUGUGUGGGCGUAUGUAGUGUGUACGUGUGUGUGUGUUGGGGUAUCAGUGUAAGUAUGUGUGAGUGUGUGGGUAGAGUCCAGUGUGUGUGUAUAGAGUCAGCGCAAUAGAGUUAGUGUAAAAAAGGGUAAAUGCAUGUAGUCCGGGUAGCCAUUUCAUUAGCUUAUUUAGCAGUCUUGUUUAGCAGUCUUAUGGCUUGGGGGUAGAGGCUUUUCAGGGUCCUGUUGGUUCCUGGUAGCGCUUGCCGUGCGGUAGCAAAGAGAACAGUCUAUGGCUUGGGUGGCUGGAGUCUUAGACAAUGUUUGGGGCCUUCCUCUGAUACCGCCUGAUAUAGAGGUCCUGAAUGGCAGGGAGCUCGGCCCCAGUGAUGUACUGGGCCGUACUCAUUUUACAUUACAUUUACAUUACAUUUUAGUCAUUUAGCAGACGCUCUUAUCCAGAGCGACUUACAGUUAUUGCAUACGUUAUUUUUUUUCAUACCCCCUGUGGGAAUCGAACCCACAACCCUGGCAUUGCAAACGCCAUGCUCUAUCAACUGAGCUACAUCCCUGCCGGCCAUUCCCUCCCCUACCCUGGACGACGCUGGGCCAAUUGCGCGCGUUGCAGUUGCGCCUUGCAGUUGUUGUACCAAGUGGGUAUGCAGAUAGUCAAGAUGCUCUCAAUGGUGCAGCUGUCUACGUUUUUGAGGAUCUGAGGUCCCAUGCCAAAUCUUUUCCGCCUCCUGCGGGGGAAGAGGCGCUGUCGUGCCAUUUUCACAACUGUGUAUGUAUGUGUGGACCAUGUUAAUUUCUCAGUUAUGUGGACACGAGGAACUUGAAGCUCUCGACCCGCUCCACUACAGCACCAUUGGAUGUGGAUGGGGGCGUGCUCGCCCCUACGUUUCCUGUAGUCCACGAUCAGCUCCUUUGUCUUGCUGAUGUUGAGGGAGAGGUUGUUGUCCUGGCACCACACUUCCAGGUCUCUGACCUCCUCCCUAUAGGCUGCCUCAUCGUCAUUGGUGAUCAGUCCUACCACCAUCGUGUUGUCAGCAAACGUAAUGAUGGGGUUGGAGUCGUGCGUUACAUUGUAGCACUUCAUCUCGUCCACCAGCCGGUUCUUUCUCUUUCGAACAUAUGUGGUAGCAAUUGAGCCUGAGGAUGAGGUUAUGUAGCACUGUAACCUACAUUUGUGUUAAAUUUACAUACAGUUGAAGUCGGAAGUUUACAUACACCUUAGCCAAAUACAUUUAAACUCAGUUUUUCACAAUUCCUGACAUUUAAUUCCCUGUCUUAGGUCAGUUAGGAUCACCACUUUAUUUUAAGAAUGUGAAAUGUCAGAAUAAUAGUAGAGAGCUUUUAUUUCUUUCAUCACAUUCCCAGUGGGUCAGAAGUUUACAUACACUCAAUUAGUAUUUGGUAGCAUUGCCUUUAAAUUGUUUAACUUGGGUCAAACGUUUCGGGUAGCCUUCCACAAGCUUCCCACAAUAAACAAUAAGUUGGGUGAAUUUUGGCCCAUUCCUCCUGACAGAGCUGGUGUAACUGAGUCAGGUUUGUAGGCCUCCUUGCUCGCACACACUUUUUCAGUUCUGCCCACACAUUUUCUAUAGGAUUGAGGUCAGGGCUUUGUGAUGGCCACUCCAAUACCUUGACUUUGUUGUCCUUAAGCCAUUUUGCCACAACUUUGGAAGUAUGCUUGGGGUCAUUGUCCAUUUGGAAGACCCAUUUGCGACCAAGCUUUAACUUCCUGACUGAUGUCUUGAGAUGUUGCUUCAAUAUAUCCACAUAAUUUUCCUUCCUCAUGAUGCCAUCUAUCUUGUGAAGUGCACCAGUCGCUCCUGCAGCAAAGCACCCCCACAGCAUGAUGCUGUGGUUUUGGAGCAAUGGCUUCUUCCUUGCUGAGCGGCCUUUCAGGUUAUGUCGAUAUAGGACUCGUUUUAGUGUGGAUUUAGAAACUUUUGUACCUGUUUCCUCCAGCAUCUUCACAAGGUCCUUUGCUGUUGUUCUGGGAUUGAUUUGCACUUUUCGCACCAAAGUACAUUCAUCUCUAGGAGACAGAACGCGUCUCCUUCCUUGUGUAUGACGGCUGCGUGGUCCCAUGGUGUUUAUACUAGCGUACUAUUGUUUGUACAGAUGAACGUGGUACCUUCAGGCGUUUGGAAAUUGCUCCCAAGGAUGAACCAGACUUGUGGAGGUCUACACUUUUUUUUCUGAGGUCUUGGCUGAUUUCUUUUGAUUUUCCCAUGAUGUCAAGCAAAGAGGCACUGAGUUUGAAGGUAGGCCUUGAAAUACAUCCACAGGCACACUUCCAAUUGACUCAAAUGAUGUCAAUUAGCAUAUCAGAAGCUUCUAAAGCUAUUACAUCAUUUUCUAGAAUUUUCCAAGCUGUUUAAAGGCACAGUCAACUUAGUGUAUGUAAACUUCUGACCCACUGGAAUUGUGAUACAGUGAAUUAUAAGUGAAAUAAUCUGUCUGUAAACAAUUGUUGGAAAAAUUACUUGUGUCAUGCACAAAGUAGAUGUCCUAACCGACUUGCCAAAACUAUAGUUUGUUAACAUUACAUUUGUGCAGUGGUUGAAAAACGAGUUUUAAAGACUCCAACCUAAGUGUAUGUAAACUUCCGACUUCAACGUACAUUCCAUGGUGAGACCUUUUCCUCUAUGACUAUGAGCUUUGAGAGUAUGUUACUGCUGCUAUGUAUACUGAUGAAACGUUUUCUCUGCUUGAUUGACAGCGAGGAGUGUGAGGAGGCCUACAGUGAGUUACUGUCGCUGUACGAGGGCAGGAAACAGCAGGUCAUACCACACUGGAGACAGAUAGCAGGUGGCUAACACACACCCACGUCACACACUCACAAAUGCACGUCACACACACAUGCCUCAAUUACUCUUUAUGGAAAACACACAAACACACUCACAGUUUGCACACACACAUGCACGCACGCACACACACACACACACACACACACACACACACACACACACACACACACACACACACACACACACACACACACACACACACACACACACAUACACACACUCACAGCAAUUCAUUCAUCUUCCCAGGCCCAGUCAUGGAGAGUCAGCUGCCCAACAGGCCGUCCCUCUGGAGUCUAAGAACUGAGGAGUUGUCCACCUCCUUCUCAACACCAGGGGGCGCUGUGGAGACAGAAACGCACAUCCAGACCAGGUUCCAUCGCUAUUAUACUGCGUGCGUCUCUACAAAAAAGGCUGUCUGUGGAUGAUCAAAUAGCAUCUUCUGAAUAUAAGUGAAAAACGGUUAUUGUCCACACCAUGUGGAAAUCUCCCUUUGGCUUCAUGCAUUAACAUUGACAAACAUUUAGAACUGAAACAACAUCAAAACAUUGUCUGAUAACACACCCCACUCUCCACCACAGGGGGUCCGAGGUAGAGGGGUGCGAGGCGGACAUUCGGGAGCGUAUCGAGCGGUUGAAGCAGGACAGGGCAGCAGUGUGUGUCCCUAAGCCAGGGCCUGGGGGAGAGGGGAAUCUCAGCCCAGAUACAGGCACCCUGGGUGGGCCAAGAGGGAGCCGCGGAGGACAGGGGGGCCAGGACACCUCCAACCCACAGAGCACCAACAGAGAGAAGGCUGUUCUGCUCUAUGAACUGGUCACUGUCAGGGUGGGUGAUAUAUACUGUACAAUACCCUCUACUGUACUGUGUCGGCUUUACAUUCAAUUCAUGAAAUAUGAAUCUGAAUAGUAGAGUCAUGGACACACUAUUCUGUCUUUGAUUGCCCAACAGUAUAACUAUACCUUUGCUGAAUACAUGAUACAUGUGUAUAGUUUUGACCAAAGAGAGAUACAACGAUUGUCUUUUUUUUUGUUCAAUAAGCAACUACACAGUAGACUGUAAGAUCCAGAGCUGAAGAUAUCUACAUAAUAAUCAUAGUGUAAUGAGAUUAGCCCAGAAACACGGUGAGGAAUCAGAAUAAUUAUUUCAAAAGAAUAAUUGAGUUGUUUAAAUUCAGAAGGCUGCUAAAUUCAUCCUCAUUUGCAUAUAGCCAGAAGAGGCCAAACCUUUUAUAGAGGCAGAUAUUUCCAGACAGAUAUGUCCGGACAGAUAUUUCCGGACAGAUAUUUCCGGACAGAUAUUUCCAGACAGAUAUUUCCAGGCAGGUAUUUCCGGACAGAUAUUUCUGGACAGACUGAUCUACAUCGUCAUUGUCCCUUUUCUAUGCUGUGAGCCAUCUGGAAGCUUCCUCUGAUGCACCAAAAAGCGAAACCAAUAUUUAUAGUCUCGACACACUUUUUUUUUUGUCUCGACCCAAAACAAAUCCAUCACUAACUACUAAUGUGUUCUUCAGGAAAUGUCUGAGCUAGACGAUAUGGUCAUAUCUUAUCUCUGUGAACCUCUGUAGCUCAGUUGGUACAGAAUGGCGCUUGCGAUGUCACGAUAGUGGGUUCUAUUCCCCAGGACCACCCAUAGGUAAAACAUGUAUGCAUGCAUGACUGUAAGACGCUUUGGAUAAAAGCAUCUGCUGAAUGGAAUAUUGAUUAUCUAUUUUCCAGGAGGAGAUGUCGGAGCUGCGAGGUCUUAUCCGUCUGACGGAGAAGGAGCGGAGGUGUCUGGACUGGAGUCUGAUGGCUCAGAAGGCGCAGGAUGCAGCCGGAGCCCUGAUCUCUGAGAGCCUCGCUGAGGAGAUAGAAGACAGGAGGACAGAACAGCAGGUAGCAACCCUAACCCUAACCUAACCCUAACCAUAACCUAACACUUACCCUCACCUAACCCUUACCUUAACCUUAACCUAACCCUUACCUAACCCUAACCUAACCUUAACCUAACCACCUGAGAGCCUCACUGAGGACAUAGAGGACAGGACAGAACAGCAGGUAGAAACCCUAACCCUAACCUAACCCUAACCCUAACCCUAACCUAACCGUUACCUUAACCUAACCCUUACCUUAACCUUAAGGAGGCAGUGCGGUCAAAAAACGUGAUUUCGUGUUUUUUUAAUGGUAUUUCCACACUAUGAAGUCGAAAUAUCACUCUGAGAUUUUUUAAAUGAUGAUAAUGCCCAUUUAGUGUAAGAGGUUGUUUUUUGUGCCUAGAUUUCAGCCUGUUCAGGUGGCCGACAGCAUGACAUCACAAUCUGAUCGGAUUAUUCUGAUCAAUGACCAGUCAUCUUUUAUUUGUCCUCCUACUUUGAAUGGGUAGGCGGAGUCUAGCUCUAGAGUCUAGACAAUCCUAUCCACCAAUCAGCGCUGUGUAUGUAAAUAUACUUUACGUUUUUUUCAAUUACUUUGGUGUUAUUUUCACAAGUAUGUGGUGAAUUUUCAAAACUCUUAGUACAAAACUCCAAACUGGUAAUACCAACCUGGUCUCAGAGCAUUUUGUAUUAUUCUGUAUGUAAAUCCGAGACACUCCAUUUAGUAUGAUGUGUUACGUUUUGUAUGGUAUAUAUUAAUUUGUGGAUGUGAUAUUUUAUGAUAUUUUAUUUUAUGAAUUACAAUUUGUAUUAUAUGUUACGAAUUUGCAAAACAUACAAUAUGUUACGAAUUUGAGAAACGUAUUAUAUUUUACAAAUUCUAUCUAGGUUAGCUAACAUGCUAAGUAGUUGCAAAGUAGCUAAAAAGUAGAAAGUAGUUGAAAAGUAACUAAUUAGCAAAAAUGAUAAAGUUGUCCAUGAUGAGAGUUGAACUCGCAACCGUUGGGUUCGUGUUAUACGCCCACUCAUCCACCCUGACCAACCACCCUACUUAAGUAACCAUCCGUCUUAUGUAACCAUACCAAACGUAACAUAUCAUACUAAUUCAGUCCCCCGGAUUCACAUUUACUAUGUUACGUCUAGUCUAUGAGACCAGGCUGGUAAUACUUGUAAUGCAGCAGGUCUGAUAUUCAAAACCUUUUAUUGUGCAUUCAUUUUGUUUGGAGACAUCUUUCACCAUACAACCACUGAUCCAAAAUAUACGUUUACUGUAAAAUACCAUGAGAACAUUGAUGUAAAUCACCAAAACACAACAGUGAUAUCUUCUCAAUUUAGUUGUUUUAACAACCAGUUAAUCCAAUAGCAAAAAAUGCAAGAUACAGUACAUGUUUCAAAAUUGUCUUUUGAAUGUAAUAUGCUACAGUACUGUAAAUGACAGUACAUUAGGCACUACCUACCAAAAUGAACUGAAAAUCGAAUUUCCAUAAUUUCUAUGCCAUGUGUGAUCAAAGGUGUGACAAUUGAAUACAUUUUUCACAAUCAUUGAUGUGGAAGGUAAAUGUAUUGUUCCGAUACCAUUACAACAUAGAUGUAAUUAAAUGAAAUUAAUGAAAGAAAGAAACAUAACAUUUAGCAGGCACUGAUUUGCAUCAAGCCUGUCUUGAGCAUUUGGCCAUAGGUUCUCAUCGAUAUCGCAGUAAAUGUCCUCAUUGUUCAUGCAGCUGGGGAAAAACCUUUCGGCAUGGCGAAUCCAAGCCUGACAUUGGUCUGAAUUGAUGUCAUCGCAUGCCUCAUCCAUGGCCUGAAGGAGGGUGGCACGCUCAUGGGGAUGGCAAUCAUACUCCUUCCACAUGUAUUGUAAUCAUAUAUUUGUAUUUUACAGUAUUGUAUUGUACUUCUAUAUUGUAGUUGACCUGUGUGGCUCAGUUCGUAAGAGCAUGGAAUACUAGAAACACCGGAGUUGUGGGUUCGAUUCCCUCUGGGGUCAAAUAUGAAAAUGUAUGGACUCACUGUUGUCACUUUGGAUAAAGUGUGACGUCUGCUAUGUAAAUGGCAUAUAUUAUGGUAUUACAGUACAGUAUUGGCCAAUGCAAUUUUAGUAAAGCAGUGUGAAACCCCCUAUCGUUUUGGAUACCUGUUUACUGCACAGGGCAUGCAUUUGUAACACACAGUACAUCUCUGAUCUUGUCAAUAUCAUAAUAGUCAUCAUCAUAAUAGCACAUUACAGUAUAUAUCAUACUUUUAUUUGUUCAUACUUUACACAAACAUAUACUUUACAAACAUACAUAUUAUGUAGUUCUCAAAAUCCGUAGUAGACAAACCAGUUUAAAAUCUAUAGGCUUAAAUUAUUCAUUAAGCGCAGUUGGAUUAAGUAAUAGUAAAAUGCAUUUUAACAAAUGAGAAGACAAUUAUAUAAAAAGUAAUGUGAGCAUUGCAAAAGGCAAUUACUUUAUAUGAACAUGUCUUGCAAUGUGAAAUGUGUAUUUUUAGAUGAAACACUGAUUAGGUUUGGUUAAAAAGUGACUUUAUGAUUGUGUGUGUUGAAACAACCACCUUUUUGAUGAUCUGUUUUGAGUUUUGUACUAAGAGUUGUGAAAAUGUACCAACACCCACAGAAUCAGACUGAGCAUUUCAAUCGGAGGCUCAUGGAAAUACAUGAUUAAAAAAUAUAUUUAUUAGACACACAGUAAUGAUUUAAAAUCAACAUUUCUCGUCAGUCAUCUUGAAAACACGUAUACUUAAAAACUGGAAAUCAAACAAAUCCUCCGUCGUUAAAACACAAUGGAAAGGUCAAACGCUUUAUUAUCUAAAUGUUGAAAGUGCGUGGGCGACAGAGAGAAACACAACUGUGCAGUUUGAGGCCAUUUGGCAGAGAGAUGCAGGCGCUGGAGAUGGGGGUGUGAGCAGGUGGGUCUGGGCAGGUGUGAUGUUGUGGAUGAUGGUGUGCGUCUGUAUGCUGUUUACAUGUGUAUGUUUUCUAUUGUUUAAACAACAACCAAAGUACCAAAAAACUAUAACUAAUAGACGGGUAGCGCCCCUCCCUCCCUCCCUCCCUCCCUCCCUGCCUACUGUUGGAUCACUACAUCUUACCAAUGCUUUGCGUCUGUAAUGUAGCAGGUUCAAGCCCUGCUCUGUGAAUUUCACCCUUAAUCGCUUCUUUAACUUUAACUGAACUCAUGAGUUCAAUGACACAGGCCCUGGCCUGACGUGUUUCUGUCGCUGUUAUUGUAGACGACUUAUGACACCAUAUUGCAUCAGAGGGAUAUAAAGCUUAGCACGCUAGGAGCUAAUGAGGAUCUAAUUACCUGUCAUCUGUGUGCCUGUUGUGUGUUCCAGAGGACUGCUGACAACAAGGACAAGCUAAAUAUCCCUGGGCCUCAGAACCGCACCAUCCUUCGAGAGCUACAGGUCGUCCUGCAACGGUCAGAAACACUUAAAAAACACAAGGGAAUAUUUUCAUAUGGUUUCCAGGUUACGGGAUAACAUUUUAAGAUGACACUACUUUGUAGUCAAGUGUGAAGUUCCAGAAAUCUUCAAACAAUGUCAAAGAAAAUUGCUCCAUGAAUCAAGGUCAAAGUAACAUUCACCAAAUGUUACUGCUCUGGAAUGUUCUUUAAGGGACAUUCUCAGAACACUGAGGACACAUAGAACUUUGAGGAACACAAUUCCCAGAAAUGGGUUCAGGGAACCAAACUAGCUGUCUCUCCCCCAUCUCCCACACUUGCCUGGAGGCCUAUCUGUUUGUAGACAUAUCGUUUUGGUUCUUUACAUUCAAUAUAGAACGUAUAAUGAGAAAAUAAAUCCUCAACUGACUGUACCCUAAAGGCCUGUUUGUCGUCAUGGGGUACUAGCAUUACUUACAUUGAGCAUGUACCAAAGGUCUUCUGUAAUGUGUGUGUGAGAGUUUAUGAGUGAAGGUGUGUGUGUGUGUGUGUGUGUGUGUGUGUGUGUGUGUGUGUGUGUUUGUGUGUGUGUACUUACAAAGAGGUAUUCGGCUGAUCAGAAUCACCUCAGUCCAUACAGGCCUCCUCUCAGGGCAUCUGUUGCCUGGUGUUAGACUGUUGCUUAGGAACGCUAUCAGGAGAAAUGCAGACUGAGGAUGUACAUUGUUACUGGCUGUCUGCUGGGGUUGUCUGCUGGGGCUGUCUGCUGGGGCUGUCUGCUGGGGCUGUCUGCUGGGGCUGUCUGCUGGGGCUGUCUGCUGGGGCUGUCUGCUGGGGCUGUCUGCUGGGAGGGUGUAUACCUUCCAGAUCAGCACUGAGGAUCCUUGAAGUUGGGUGUGGGAGGAAUGAUAGUGUGUUUUGUUCUGCCUCAGGCUUUGUUCAAAUACUUGACUUAAAAAAUACACCCUGCCUUACUUGCAGUAAUGGGGCUGGGUCGUCAUAUGUUGAGAGAAAUGAAGUACCACACCCACUACGAAGCUUUGUGGAACAGUAAACUCACCCCUGUGUUGUGGUUUUGGUGUCGGGGUCCCCCAGGGAGCAGGUGCUGAAGAGGAGGGUGUCGACGGUGAGGGAGUCUCUGGACUUGGUUCUCUCCGACAGCGCCUCUCGCAGGAGAGACAAUGAUGAACAGAUGGCUCGGCUCGCACAAGCGCACGGGUAACCAGGAAACACACUUCCUACUUAUAUGACCACUUCCUGUCCUCUACCUACCUCUAUGACCACUUCCAGUUCAAUCUCAGUAGUACCUUUCACAUACAGAGAGUGAUAGUGCAGGGUUUUGCUCCAGCCCUACACUAAAACACCUGAUUCAGAUAUUCAAGGUCUUGAUGUGCAGCUGAUAAGUAGAAUCAGAUGUUAGAGAGGAGAGAGAGAGAGAUUAGAGCAGGAGUGGCUCUGACAGCGAUCUUUCUCUGUUUUAUAAUCUUGUCUCCGGCUAGAGCAUCCUGCAAUUUUUAAUUAUCCAAUCAAUUCAAUCAAUGAAUAAACUUAGUGAGUGGCUCUGACAGCGAUCUGUCUCUGUUUUGCAGCAAGGCCACAGGGUCAUACCGGAAGGCUCGCAGGAAGUACAGGGAGCAGCUGUGGAGGCUGGAGUGUCAGGUGUCAGCCAUGUCAGAUCGUCACAUGACCCAGAUCGGAGCCCUGAAGGCCACGCUGGAGGCCAUGGACUGCAGGAGGGAGGAGACUGUACUCUGACUGAGCUGAGAUCAGCUUCUGGGGACAUUGGUCCUAACUUCUGGUCCAGGGUCAGAUAUUAUCCUCCAAAUGGUUAGGAUGGAGUUGGGAUUUGAGGGUUAGGAUUAGCCUCAUACUACCAUCCUGAUCUCGCGAGCUUACUUAAAUAUGUAGUAAAACCUAUUUUAUGUAAACUCGCGAAAUCAGGAUGGUAGUACGAGGCUAUGUAAGGAAUGAAGAUCAAAUAAUCUGAUCCUUGAUCUGUGAUUAGAGGCAACUACUCUAGCCAGCCCUGCCUCCAAUCUGGCCAUAGAUGUUGCUGCUGUCUUCAUUCAAGAAAAUGGCAGCAUUAUCCACAUGCUCAGAUCCAGAGAGCUGUAA